AUGGUGAGGAAGAGCAAGGGUCGUCAAAAGGUGGAGAUGGUCAAAAUGGCCAAUGAUAGCAACCUUCAAGUGACUUUCUCGAAGCGUCGCUCUGGUCUCUUCAAGAAGGCCAGCGAGCUCUGCACCCUCUGCGGCGCUGAGGUAGCCAUCAUAGUAUUCUCUCCAGGCAGGAAGGUCUUUUCCUUUGGCCACCCCUGCGUGGAGAGUGUGGUAGAGCGUUUCCUCACCCGAAACCCAUCUCACCACCACCAAAACUCCGGUACCAUGCAGCUCAUCGAGGCUCACCGCAACGCCAACGUUCGGGAGCUCAAUGCUGAGCUGACUCAGGUCACCAACGACCUGGAGACCGAGAGGAAGCGAGGGGAGGAGCUGAACCGGGUGCGGAAGGCGAGCCAGGGGCAAUGCUGGUGGGAGUCUCCUAUUGAGGAGAUGGAGAUGCCACAUUGUGAGCAGCUGGGGGCCUCUCUAGAGGAGCUGAAGAAGUCUGUCGCGAAGCAGAUUGAUAAGCUCAUCAUUCAGUCCACCACAAACCCUAAUCCAUUUUUUGCAGGGAGUUCUGGUAAUCUGAAUCUGGUCCCUAAUAUGGGGUUCAGUGGAGUGCCUGUUAUGCCCCCUCAUCCUCAUGCAUGGAAUCCAGCAUACGGUCGCUUCCUCUGA